UGCCCCCACGUGUCUCCAUCUCUCCACACGUACUCGCUCCCCAUUGGCUGAAUUGAUUCCAGCCAAUCACAAGGCUGGAAUGCGACAUUUAUGCGACCUCACUUUCCCGCCCUGGAGGGUCCCACCACUAAUGCCCUCAUCUGGCCAAUCACCUUCCACAUAUUAUCAUUUUUUUUUCAAAAGGGAAAUUCUUGCUUGUAUUUGUAUACCUGGGUAGGGUUUGUUUGGUUUCAAUCAAAUUGUGACUUUGACAUAUAAUUAAAUUAUGGGCAUUAUUGAAUUUCAUUUUCAGAAUAGCACUUAGGAAUCGUUUGACCGUAAGGUUUGUUUGUUUGAUUCUAAGUUCUUAGGAUUUGGAAGUGAUGGAAUGAGGAAGAGAUAUUGUUUGUUUAUAUAUAGUAGUAGAUAGAAGGGGGCGAACUCGAAGAGUCAUAAGAUUACAUUUUUAUAAUGUUUGAGUAUGUCCAAGGGAACUUGUUCUACAUGUAUAAUGGUGGGAUACAAAGAUUUUUGUUGAUUGAAGAACCAUUUGUUGUGGGUCGCUCCUAACUUGGUUGAAGGAGGGUUCGAGCACUAGUAUGAUAGCACUUGUUCUCCUUAUCUUAACGGCAGAAUGAUUCGUAUCUUACACACAAGUACACUAACUAUACAUUUUAGAAGGAAAAAUACAAUUUUUGAGACCCGGUUUAUUCGUGAAUUGGAAAGCUGCCAAUUUCUUUUACCUAUAUUGCUAGAAUCCUCAAGCAUCGAGUAAAUCAUGAUUCAUAGGCAACUUCCGGCCUUACAACGUUGUUACCAUGGACUAACCAUUCAUGACAACGUUUUUUACUCCUUCGAGAGAGUAAAAUUCACUAUAGUAAAUUAAUAAACUCGAGCCAAACACGGCCUUAUAAUUUAAUGAAGAUUUUUUCUCAAGUUCAAUUCUCCGACUCUUUCGGCAGCCAGCGGACACGUGCAGGCUCUUCACCCGGCCACCGUGAUGCGCUAUUUGCUUUAGAUUAUCUUCCUUCUCUCUCUCCCCCCCCCCCCCCCCCCCCCCCCCCACCUGAUAGAGAGAGAAAAACCACAGAAUAAUAUUCCACAAACCACCCGAAAAAACCAACCGAAAUCUCCACCGCCGGCACCGGGAGACUGUAAAAUCCCUGAUCCGACGGUGAAGCGGAGGCAGGGAAACACCCUAGAUGGACGGCGGAGGAGGGGACGGGUAUCGGCUGAUGAACUUCGCUUCGGGGCGCGUGCAAGAGGAGGAGCCGACGAUAAUCAACCGGAUGAUGCUCAGAUUCCGCCCGAUCGCUCCCAAGCCGGCCGCCGGCGCAGGCUCCGGAUCCUCCGCGGCCAGGCUAGUCCCCAAGGUAAGGACGAAGCGUAAGUACGUUAGGGUUAGAGCAGCUGCGCCGCGGAAGAAGAAAAGCACCAAGAAGAAUAACAAUAAUGAUCAUAGAAACAGUAGGGUAGGUGGCGACGGCGGAGCGGCGGCAGAUCUAGGGUUUGUGCAGCUCCCGGCAACUCUCCAGCUCCUUCCGGAGGCUUCCAAGCUGGAUCGCCACAGAUCUGACGUCAAAAUCUCGGAUCCCGUACCUACCCUUCCCGUGGAAGAUAAUAGUAACAGUGCAAAGAAUAACCGCGGAAGCAGCGACGACAGUUACGGCGCCGCCGUGCUGGAUCCGGAGACGGCGCGUGCAAGAGGAGGAGCCGACGAUAAUCAACCGGAUGAUGCUCAGAUUCCGCCCGAUCGCUCCCAAGCCGGCCGCCGGCGCAGGCUCCGGAUCCUCCGCGGCCAGGCUAGUCCCCAAGGUAAGGACGAAGCAAACAGUAGGGUAGGUGGCGACGGCGGAGCGGCGGCAGAUCUAGGGUUUGUGCAGCUCCCGGCAACUCUCCAGCUCCUUCCGGAGGCUUCCAAGCUGGAUCGCCACAGAUCUGACGUCAAAAUCUCGGAUCCCGUACCUACCCUUCCCGUGGAAGAUAAUAGUAACAGUGCAAAGAAUAACCGCGGAAGCAGCGACGACAGUUACGGCGCCGCCGUGCUGGAUCCGGAGACGGCGGAGGUGGAGACGUGGGUGACGGCGGAAGGGGUGACAGGCGGGUGCGUGGACGUGGCUGAGGGACAGGGUCUGUUAGGGAUCCGGAUGAUGGAUCUGCAGGAUGACACGUGUCCCGCUUUCGUUUCGGACGGCAAGGAUAAGGUUCGGUGGGUGAACCAGGCGUAUAGAGAGAUGGUGGGUGCGGCAGCAGGCGAGAAGGGAGGCAGUGGUAAUAAGGUGGUAGUGCGGCUAGUGGUUGCGGAGAAGUUGCGACCUUACUUCCAGGGGUGCCCAGCUUUUAGCUGCUGGGUUGGGGUUAGGUUUAGGGAUAAUAGUAACAAUAACGGAAAGUGGUCUAAUGUGAGGUUUCCCUGUGAUGUGUGGAAGAUGGAGGAGGAAGGGUGGUAUGGUUGGAGGUUGGACACUAAGGUUGCUCUCAAAUUGGGUCUCUAGCCUAAGCUAUGGUUAAGCUUUUAAGUGAAGUGACCCCAUGAAAUGGUGAGUAAGACUAAAGAAGACAAAGGUAAAAGGUUGUUUUUAAGUAUGUUGAUAUGUGUGUGGGUUGUGUGUGGCACAUUAUAUGACCCUCCCUUGCUACUACUACUACUCUCUUUGAUAAUUUUUGUGUAAUUGUAUAUAAGGAUGGAUGGAGAGGACAAUAUUGCUAGAGGGUUAUCUCUCUCUCCCUCUCCCUCUCUUUUCUUCUCAAAAACUAAGAGAAGGAAAGUGUAGUAGUCAUCAAGGUAUACAAAAUAAAAGGUUGAUGCUUUUUAGUAUAUGGUACAUUUUCUCAAAUGAUGGUUGGUGUGUGUGUGUUUGGGGUGCAAAGUGUCAAUAGGUGAGAGAUUGGAAGGGGAUGGGGUAUAUAUUGGUUAGAUGAUAUCUCAAAGUUUUUGUUUUAAAUGAGGAAUUAGGUACCAAGUUUCACUAUCAAAGUUGUUUGUUGUUUCUGUGCAUAUUUAUGUGUGUUGUGGGGUAUGUUAGGCAUAUAUAUUACGUACCAAUUAGCAAGCUACAAAUAUAUGUAAAGCUUGGAGGAUGGGGAAGGUUAGGUGAUAUCUUUUGAGUUUCCUAGCUAGCAUGUGUUGGAGUGGUCCAAUUGCAAUAUGGGUAAUAAAGUGUUGUUGGUUUGUGAUCGUGAGUGCAACGGUAUAGAGGUUAACUUCCCGAUAAUGACACAUACUGAUUCAUUCAUUCAUUCAUCUCACUCUUUGUUCCCUAGACGUAUGUAUCUCUACAUGCUUUUUGGAGCUUUUCUCUUUGAUGUUUGUUUUGCCUCUUUUUUUUUUUUUUUUUUACAAAGGGGGAUGAUAGUUUACUUGCAAUUUAACAGGGGAUGAGGGAAAUCUUGAAUUUGUGUUUGGGUGUAUUGUGUUGAUUUUUGUUUCCUAACUUCAAGGAUCAUUUUCAUAUUAUCAGUAGUUCGGUUGAUGAGUUCUUUAAUCUUUUUUUUUUAAUAUUAUAAAUAAAAUAAGAUUAAGUAUUUAGAGCAUGACGUGAUUUAAGAAUGCAUGUAUAUUUGGAGUAAUGUAUCGAUGUAUUAAUUGAUGUGUUUUCUCCUAAAAUGUAUACAUUUCAAGAUAUAAUGCAUUUCUAAAAUUUUAAAUCUAGUGAAAUUUUAGGAGGUUUCCAAUAUUAUAAUGCAUUUUAAAGAUUUCAAAUUGAGCUAUUGAUUCAUAUUUCGUUUUAUCUUUCCUAAUUCUCCAACAAAAAAUAUAAUUAAAAUCAUGUAAUAUUUUUGUGAACACCGAUGAUCAUAUAUAUAUAGCCAACUGUUAUAUGUUCAUUAGUGUCGAAGAGGCAAUCUAAUGGGUAUUGGGAACAAUGAAUAUCUAAUUACUCCCAAAUUAAAGCUAUAGAAAAAAAAAACCACACUAAAUUAGAACCCAUUUUUUGUUCUCGUGUAGCUAAUAAAUAUUAUAUAUCUUUCAUAAAAAUGUGUCUAAUUAAAUUUUUUUUUUAUUUAAAGUAUGAAAAACUUUAAUAAUUUUUUUCCAUACAAUUCCUUUCAUGUCAUAUUAUUAUAGGUAGUCUGUUUUUUGUAAAUAGAACACACUAUAAUUAAGUAAAUACGACAAUAAACAAUUAUCAUCAAUUAAAUGACAAUAUAUUCAUAUAAUAGCAAUAGUGAUAGUGAUGAUACUAAAAACUAAUAAUAGUAACACCUAGUAAUUCAAUAUUAAUAUUGGUCUUAAUGAAUUAGAUUAUUAGUC